GAUGAUGGAGAUGGCGAACAACAAGUGACACGUUUACAUGAUCAUGCACCGAGAAGACCAGAUAGAAGAGGUAGUGGGGCAAACAGACCAGAGAUAUUCAAUAGAGCACCAGAGGAUCGCAGUCUGUCACAGAAGAGCUACUUUGAGAAGUUGGCAAAGCAGGGCAGGUUCGACGAGGCCAGUCAGCUGGUGCAGCAUAUGCCAAUGGAGCGACGCACAAUCUACGCAUACGAGCAGCUGCUGUUGGCCUGUGCCGAGAGUGGCAAGUUCAAUCAGGCGUGGCGCACAUACAACGACAUGAAGAAGGACGCCAUCAAGCCUACUAUCUACACGCUGGGCCAUUUGGCCAACGUGUGCACUACGGCCAAGGAUGUGUCCGAGGACAAGAUCGUCCAGCGUGUCGAAGCCAUUGUGGGCGAGGUCGAGAAGUAUCAGGUCAAGGUGUCGGUCACCUUCUUCAACAUCCUGAUGAAGACAUUGAUCAAGUGCAAUCGACUGAGUGAAGCGCUGCAGUUCAUCGAGAAGAUCAAGGAUGCUGGACACAAGCCAGACAUUGCCACGUACACCACCUACGUCAUUGCGCUCCAAGAGAAGUACAAGAACGACGAGGACUUCAACAGGAACAAGCGAGGACUGUUUGAGAAGCUCACCUACUCGCACAACUACCAAGAGUUGGACGAGCUCCGAGUGCAAGGCCUCAAGCAGAUCGAUCAGUACACACAGGUCAUCCAGGAUCUCAAGCGCAACAAUGUUCAACCCGAUCGCCACUUUGUAAACACUGUUCUGCACGCAUGCAAGCUGACAAAGAAUCCCGAGGGCGUCUUUGACGUCUACAACACAUUCAAAGACAUGAGAUUCACCAGCCAUCUUCAAUCCGACACCAGGACCUACGACAUCCUGAUAUCCACAUGUAAUUACACCAACAAGAUUGACAAAGGACUGGAACUGUUUGAGGAGAUGAUUACAAAGAAUAUAAGACCGGAUAUUGGAUUGAUCAAUAACUUGUUCAGAUUGUCACUGCGAAUUGCCUCGACCAAACAACAGAAUGUAUAUGACAAUGAGUUGUUCAUCGAGCGAAUCAUGAAGUACAUGAAGCGAUACGACCUCAUGCCCAACGACGAAUCAUUCACCGUUCUGAUAUCAGCCUACGCCAAGCAAGGCAAGCUGGAAAAGGUCUACGAACUAUUCUUAGAGAUGAAGGAAAUGAAUAUAACACCAUCGAUCAGAGACUACACUGGAUUGAUUGGAGGCAUAAGACAUGACAUUGACAAGGUGAUGAAUGUGUUUAGAGUUAUUGUAACACAGCGACUAAAGUUGACGCCAGAGUUUAUUAGACUAAUGUUGGAUAUUGUUAGGAAGAAGGGCACUGGAGAUAAUGUCGAGGAGAUAUCCAAAGGCAUCCGCCAGUUGGAAUCACUGACCAAUGCC